AGUGUAGUUUAGGUGUUAUGUUGUGUUGUGGUUGUGUUUUGGUUAGAGUUGUGUUUUCCCGCGGAGCUGUUUGACCCCCCAGUCUGAAAACCCCGCAGGUCUCUUCAGCUUCCCACCGACCAAUCAGAGGCCGCGCUGUCUGGGCAGGAAGUGACGUACACAGCCGUGCGCCAAUCCGCGCUUCUGAUACGGAAAGAAAACACGGAAGUACCUCCCCUCCGCCUCUGAGUCCCAAAACCGUCCGGAGCGCGCGUGAAGAAGACCCGUGCGAACCCGUCCGUGCUCCAGCAGCAGGUAAGAGUCAGACCCUGACGGCUCGGCACGGCUCGGCCCGGGUUAACACGCUGGCUGGCUGGACAGCAACAUGGACACAGAUUUGUUUAUGGAGUGUGAGGAGGAGGAGCUGGAGCCAUGGCAACAGGUGGACGACAGAGUGGAGGAAGACGAGAUGGACUUUAUGGACAGCUACGGAGAGACAGCGGACGAUUCUCCAUCUCCUCUUUCAGACUCUGAGACUCCGCCCCCCAGGACUCCUCCACCAAUCACAGCUCCACCAAUCACAGCUCCACCAAUCACAGCUCCAACAGCUUCCCCUCUGGUUCAUGUUGUGAGGCCUCCUCUUCCUCCUCCGCUUCCUCUUCCUCCUCCGCUUCCUCUUCCUCCUCUAUCUUCCUCUUCCUCCACGCCGGCUGUAGCUCCGCCCCUGAUGUCUCAGGCCACGCCCCUCAUCCUGACGCAGACCAGCGGCGGGACGUUCCUGCUCCCAGCAGCCCCCGGGACCCACCACGGCUCGCCCAUCCUCUUCUCCACACAGGGUUUCCCGAUGAUGAACCGCGGCGCUCCCCUGGUGCUGAACCUGCGGCCCGGUCAGACGAUGCAGCCGCUCACGCUGAUCCAGUCGCCGUCGCUGGGUCAGCUGGUCCGGCCCAGCGUGGGCGUGUCCCCGAUCCUGACCCGACCGGGCGCCGCCCAGCCAGGAGCCUUCACCGCCAUGCUGAGCAUCCGCACCGGCACGCCACAACCCGUUAACUUCCAGAUGACCCAGGUGGGAGGAGCCAGCCCUCUGAAGCUGGCAGGAAGCCCCGCCCUCCCCUCAGGAUCGGCCAAUGGAGUCACCAGAAUCACUGCCGGGCCCUCGGCGCCGGCCUCCAGCCCCCCCAAAGUGGUGAUGAGUGUGGAGGAGUUUUACUACGGGACGUUUGAAGGCGACCUGAGUCUGAGGAAGCCCCUCCCUCUGGGGAUCAAACCCUCGGCCUUCAUCUGCCAGAUCUGCUCUCACAUGGCCGACACCAACCUCAGGUUCAUGCAUCACAUGCUGCAGCACUCUGAGCUGAUUGGAGCAGGAAGUGAUGACAGGAAGUGCUGCAGGUUCUGUUACCGCCAGUUCUCGUCUCCGGCUCAGCUGCAGAGCCACCAGGACCAGGUGCACGGCUCGGCCCAGUCCUCCUCCAUGUGUCGUAUCUGUGAGUGGGCGUUUGAGAACGAGCCAGCCUUCCUGAACCACAUGAAGUCCAACCACAAACCAGGAGAGAUGCCGUACGUCUGCCAGGUGUGUUCGUAUCGCUCGUCCUUCUACUCUGAUGUCCUGUCGCACUUCGCCAGCUUCCACAGAGAGUCUCGCUUCCUGUUGUGUCUCUUCUGCCUGAAGGUGAACAGAAACCCCAUCAGCUACCAGCAGCACCUGAUGAGACACCAGAUGAACCAGGCCUUCCACUGCAAUAGAUGCCGUCUCCAGUUUGUCUUCCUGAAGGACAAGAUGCAGCACAAACUGGAGAACCAUCGCAGCUUCCGUCGGCCGGCCCAGCUGGAAGGACUGCCGCCGGGGUCAAAGGUAACGAUCAGGACUUAUGGAAAGAUCCGGACUCUGCCGUCAGCGGGGGUCCGGCUGCAGAGCCCCUCCUCCCUCAUCCAGCCAAUCAACAUCAAGACAGAGAAAUCUGCCACCCAGAGGAGCCCCCCCCUCUUCAAACCGCCCCGAUCACCAACGAAGAAGACGGUCGGCCGCAGAGUCAGCGUCGACAGGACAUCCUGUCCCGCUGCAGAGCGCCUGCUGUGUCUGGAGUGUGGAACCGACAUCUCCGACUUCUCGGCCCACUACCCGACUCACGUCUCCUGUCUGCUGUGUCCCUACGCCAGCUGCUGCUCCCGCGCAUACGCAGCACACAUGAUCCAUCAUCACGUACCGAGACCCAAAGACAAAGUAGUUCCUCUGCACAGACUGCCUCCUCCGUGUGGGUUUGAGCUGCGGUGUUCUGACUGUGACUUCCAGCCUCAGAACGCAGAUCAGAUGGCCGAACAUCUGCUGAAGAACCCAGAACACUACAGCGCCACCUGUAGACCCAGGACGUACGUUGAGCAGGACCUCCAGUUCUGCCCGGAUGAAGAGAGAGAACCGGUCCAGAACCAGGACCAGGACUUCCUGUCCGAUGCGUGGUGGCGGUCAGCUGAUCGUUGGACGCGUCCGUCGGAGAGCGCCGAGGUCCCGCCCCCCAUCGUGCCAUUCAGCCUGACCAGCGGGCCCCGCCACUUCCUGUCCAAAAACACGGACGCCAUCGACUUCUUCAACCUGCUCUUCCCCGCUGCGCUCGUCCAGCUCAUCGCCACGGAAACCAACGCUCACGUCAAGACAGUCCAGUUCCUCGGCGCAGGCGGCGCGGCAAUGGCGGCCGACUGGCGCCCCGUCAGCACGCAGGAGAUCCGGGGCUUCCUGGGCCUAGUGAUUCUGAUGGGGGUCCAGAACCUGCCCGACCCGGCCCAGUACUGGUCCUGGAGCCACUACGACAACAGCUACACCUUCUGCCGCGCCAUGACCCUCCAACGCUUCCGUCAAAUCGCCGCCAACAUCCGCAUGGGCAGCUUCGUCACCGAGGCGCUGCGCGGCGAUGGCGCCCGCGACGAUGGCGCCCGUGACCCGCUGAGCAUCUUCAGGCCGAUGCUGGCGAUCCUGGGCGAUGCCGUGUGGGACGCCUACCGGCCCAACUGCUGCCUCAGCAUCGACCGGGCGCUGCUGCCACGCAUGGAGGACGACAGCGGGCACGCCACGGAGAACGCCAAGACGCCCCCGCAGGUGUGGCUGCUCUGUGACUCCAAGUCCGGCUACUGUCACCGCUUCUUCAUCCAGGCCGGGGAGAAGGAGAGCCGGGCGCCACCACAACCACUGCCGCCACCACCGGACGCCAGCGUGGCGGCGGCGGGCUUCAGCGUGGUGCCGGCCCUGGUGGAGAAGCUGCAGAACAAACACCACCAGCUGUUCCUGUCCAGCUCGCUGGCCUCGGCCCCGCUGCUGCGGAGGCUUCUGGAGCAGCAGAUCUACGCCUGCAGCUCCUUCCCUCCGCCCAGCGCCAUCCUGCCGCGGGCGCUGUGGGAGGAGGGCGGCGAGCUGCUCCGACCCGGAGACUUCCUGCAGCGCCGCUGUGGCCCGCUGCUCGCCACCCGCUGGAGGGACGCCAAGGAGAUGGGCUGCCUGUCCACCAACGCACUGCCAGGUGAAGCAGACACCGUGUGGCGGAGGUCUCAGACCAAAGUGGGCGGGCUGGACCCCAUCGACCGGCCAAUGGCGUUCCGGCUGCUGCAGGAGAACAUGCGCGGCGUGGACAUCUGCAAACAGCUGCUGGCGUGCAACCCCCUGGGGGGCGUGCCGCUGGACCGCCACUGGAGACGCCUGUUCUGGUUCCUGGUCAACCUGAGCAUCGUCAACGCCUUCAUCGUGCUGCGAGAGAGCCGCAAGGAGAACCCUCCAGCCUGGGUCACAGAUGGGCUCUUCACCCAGGUAAACUUCCGAAAGCGUUUGGGCAACCAGCUGGCUAAAUGUGCCCAGAAGUCGUUUGAGACGCUGGAGAUGGCGAGCGUGCGCGGUGCACGGGCCCCCGCGGCGGCGGCCAGGCCGGUAGACGCGCCGCUGAAGCAGCGCCACCACAUGGUGAAGAUCAGCAACAUCUCCAAACGCUGCCGCAACUGCAACCUGAAGAACGUGCGCCACGAGAGCGUGUACGGCUGCGGCGUCUGCAACGCUAACCUCUGCAAGCAGUCAAGCUGCUUCUGGGAGUUUCACAACCUGUCUCCGCUCAGGAAAGGAUCGACUAAAGUUGGAUUUCUCAAGGACAGAAUCAGCGGGGCUGUGGAGGUGGAGGAGUUUGAGGGUGAUGUAGACGGGGCCAUGGCGCCCGUGGAGGAGUUCUCUGAUGACGAGCGGCUCGACGAUCUGAACGACGCCGAUGAAGAAACCGACGACGGGAAGGACGACAUCAUCGGAGACGUGAGGCGCCCUACGCCUGGCGUGGCGCCCGCCGCCGCCGCGGUACCUGGCGAGGCGGCGGCGGCCUGUAGAGAGCGCGAGGACUCGCUGUCGGCCCGCCAGCUGAGGGUGGCGCUGAUCGCUCUGUGUGACGGACUCCGACACGCCUCUCGCCUCUUCUCCACCGACACACACACCAUUCGCCGCUGGCUAAAGGACGCCAGGAAGCGUCUGAAGCGAAGCGAUCCGGAGAAGACGGCCGAUAGCGGCGAGGGCGUUGCCGACGGCGACGGCCCGGCCCGUAUGGCGGCGUGGGUCCUGUCGAUGCGCGAGCAACAGCUGCCCAUCACGGAGAGCAACCUGUUCCACAAGGCCUCGGCCCUGAAGAAGAAGGGCGCGUUCGGAGAGUCGUUCCGCAUCUCCUACGACUGGGCCGUGGGCUUCCUGCUGCGGCGGCGGCUAGGCGCCCGCAGCCCGGGCCACCGCGGAGCCGCCGCCGCGCUCGGCCGCUCGGCGCCGCCAUCGCUGCUCGCCAAGAUCCGGUCCUACCGGGAGUUCACGCGGAAGAUCGCGCGGACGCACGCGCUGCCGGAGAGCUCCGUGGCCGCGGUGGACGAGCUGAGUCUCUUCGUGGACCUGCGCCUGGUUCGGGACGAGGCUCGUCGCCGAGACGCGCUGGAGCUCACGGGCUCCGCCCCCUUGGUCACCGUGUACCUCGCCGCGCUCGCCGACGGCUCCAUGCUGCCGGCGCUGGUAGUUGUGGCGAGCCGGCAGCUGGAGGAGGAGAGAAGAAGAGAGGCACCAGCGCUGCCGGAGUUCAUCGUGCUGGAAGGAGGCGGCGAGAGUCUGCUGGUGGAGGAGGAGCUGGAGCUGUGGACCAACAGAGUCUGGCUGAGACACGUCAACGCUGCUGCUGCUCGGGGCCAGAAGAAAACUCUGCUGGUUCUGGACCGGCACCGGGAGCACAUGGGCGACCCGUUCCUGGCGGCGCUCAGCGCGGCGGGCACGCUGCCGGCGCUGAUCCCGGCCGGCUGCUCCUGCCGCCUGCAGCCGCUGGAGAUGUGCGUGAAGCCCGUCCUGCAGCGCUUCCUGCUGGCGCGCUGGGCCGCGCUCGCCGCCGCCGCCGGCAACCCGCCGCAGCUGGACGAGACCUCGCCGCCGCGGCUGCAGGCCAACGUGGCGCGCUGCUGCUCGUGGAUUGGACCGUGGAGGCGCUGACGCGUCUGGAGAAGCUGCCGCAGGUCUGGAAGACCUCGUUCAGUCUCACGGGGGUUCUGACGAGGCGAGAUGGCGAGGAGGAG